UAUGAAUGUAAAGUUUGUAUUAUAGAUGAGUCUCUUACAGAAUCGAAGGAACUACUGGAUAUCUUAACGGAUGAUCUUUCAACGAAUAACUCAAAUCUCAACAUCAGCAGCGAACUAUCAAAUAAACGAAAGUCUCAACUGCUGCUUAAACUGUCAGUGAAGCUGUGAACAUACACUACCAAAACCCAGUGUCAUCAAACUCAAGUACAUGGUGGAAUUACUGAGUACAACUAGUGUCAACACUCUCAGAAACACUCGAGUACAAUUAGUGUCUACAGCAAAUUUGGUGAAGCAUCCUACAAUAUCAGAGCCUUCAAGGAAAGUUUCUUGAUGCCAGUGAGAGGCUCUUGAUCCAAGGAACUGGACCUAAUCUCUCCUUGGAUCAAUCUUCAUUGGCUUCCAGGUGAUGCAUGACCCCCUACUGGUUUAGUGCUCCCCUCCCAUGAGAGGGAUAAUAAUGUAACAUACUCUCACAUAUCCUUAACCAACAGUUUAAUAAAGCUGUGUAUACCCUCACAUGUGUAAACCCACUUCAGUAACUUGACCUGCACUAGUACCCAUUUCAGCAACUUGACCUGCACUAAUACCCACUUCAGUAACUUGACCUGCACUAGUACCCACUUUAAUAACUUGACCUGCACUAGUACCCACUUCACUAGUACCUACUAGUGCUUACUUAAAAAUUAGUUGAUCACAGAGAACUUAAAAUUUUAUCAAAUGAGAGUUACAAUAAUAUUUGCUUUUGAUAAUGGCUACCGGCCCAUUAAUGUUUUGCACUGCCCCACUUCGUCUUAAUGUUUAUAGGUAUAUGAGUGAAUGGGGAAAGAAGUUAUUAAAUAUGAAUAAUUAUAGAAGAGAAACCACAAAAAUAUUUAAGUAUUAAAAGUCUACUCCAUAGAUGUGUGUUUGCUCAUGAUGUAAACAAACAAUUGUUUACAGUCUUAGAAGAUGUUAGCAAAAUUAAUGCGAGAGAAAGAAUAAAAAGACACAAUAGUGUUAUUGAAACAAUACACAAAUAAACCCUUUGCAUUUGUGUGUGACUUGUUAAUGAUCCAAGUCAGACCGGAAUGUUGCUCUAAGUUUCACUCUCCUAUGUGCGGGUUAUCUGUGUAAUGUGCACUACUCUAUAGCCUACAAUGCAUUAUAUAUCUACUUAGUGUUCAAAACUUGAAAUAAAAUAAAGCAAAUAUGAGGGCUCAUGCACUAAAGAAGUCUCUUCAAUGUCUAGUUUGUCAAAAAGUUUUUCCUUGUAGUUCUAAACUGCUGAGACAUCAUAGAACUCAUACUGGAGAGAAACCAUAUCAGUGUUCAGCAUGUCUAAAAGAAUUUAGUGAUAAAUUCUCACUAAAAAAACACAAGAGAAUUCAUACAGGAGAGAAACCAUAUCAUUGUUCAGUGUGUCAAAAAAACUUUAGUGCUAAAUCCUCACUAAAACAACAUCAGAGACUUCAUACAGGAGAGAAACCAUUUCAGUGUUUAGAAUGUCUCAAAGAUUUUAAUGAUAAAUCAUCACUAAAACAACAUCAGAGAGUUCAUACAGGGGAAAAACCAUUUCAGUGUUUAGUGUGCCAAAAAGACUUUAAACAAAGUGGCCACUUAGAUGUACAUAUGAGAGUUCAUACUGGAGAGAAACCAUAUCAUUGCUCUGUGUGUCCUAAAAGGUUUUCAAUAAAAAGCUCUCUAGUAAAACAUAUGUGCAGUCAUACAGGAGAGAAGCCAUAUCAGUGUCCAGAGUGUACAAAAGCAUUUUCAAAACACUGUGCUCUAGUUGGUCAUAUGACAGUCCAUACAGGACAUAAACCAUUCAAGUGUUCAGAGUGUCACAAAGACUUUUCAAUAAAAGCAAGUUUAAUUAAGCAUGUCAGAGUUCAUACAGGAGAGAAACCAUACAAGUGUUCAGAGUGUCAGAAAGAAUUUUCAGUGAAAGCAAGUUUAAUAAAACAUAUAAAAACUCAUACUAAAGAGAAGCCAUACAAGUGCUCAGUGUGUUCAGAAAACUUUGCCAAGAAAUUAAGUCUAGAAAAGCACAUGAGAAGUCACAGCAGAGAGCAACCAUAUCGGUGUUCAAGGUGUCUUAAAAGGUUUUUGCAUAAAACUAACCUAGUGAGUCACAUGAGGACUCAUAUACAAAAGGGAAUCAGUAGCAGUGUUUAGUGCCUAAAACAGUGCUUCUUAACGUAUUCCGAGUCUUGCCCCCCCCCAUCACUGUUCAUCUUCCACACCCCCUUCUUUCGUAUCAAAUUCUAAAUGUAAAAAAAAAAAAAUAAAAAAAAAAAGUCCUCAUUAUUUAAAUAGGAAAUUUGACAAACUAGUUUUCAUUCGUAGCUUUAUUAUUUUCAACUAUUCAAAAGUCUAAUGAGCAAAUUGCAAAAGCACAAUAUAUAAAUUUAAGAAAGAUGGGGUAGUGAGAGUAUAGGCAAUGAGGUUGAAGAGGUAUGGGGUAGAUUUAAAAAUAUAAGGUUAGGGUAUUCAGCAGAAGUUUGUGGUUACAGGAAAGUGGGUGCAGGAUGGAAGAAGAGCGAUUGGUGGAAUGAAGUAAAUAGAGUAGUAAGAGAGAAAAAGUUAGCAUAUGAGAGGUUUUACAAAAUAGAAAUGAUGCAAGAAGAGAGGAAUACGAUGGUACCUCAGUAUACGUCCUUAUUAUGUUCCAAGACUUGUACCAAACAGGAUGUAUACCAAACGAAUUUUCCCAUAAGAAAUCUGAGGAAAAUGAUUAAUCCGUUCCCAUGAAAAAAAAAUCCUGUUGUUACUGGCAUUUUAUACAUUGAUGGGGUUAUAUAAAAUAAUUUAAACACUGCUUAAUACUAAAAUAUGUAAUUUAAACACUGCUUAAUACUAAAAUCCAUACAUAAAUACAGAAGAAUUAGAUGAAAUAAAUGCAAAUUUAACCUCGCUAUACUUUGCUGAAAAGAGUCGAGUGACUACUAGGAUAGUGCUGAGAAGGGAGGAGGAGGAAAUGUUAUUGUUUGGAAGAAGAGUCCCCUUCUUUUUUCUGUCUCUAUUCCUUAUUUGGACCUGGUUGAAGCUCACCAGGUUCGACUUUUACAUUAUUUUAUGUUAAUAUAGACAUUUUCAUUAAUCCAUGUAUGAUAUUUUCUUCAAAAUUAUAUAAGAAACACAUUACAUAGCAAAUAAACAUGCUAUGUUUAUAUGCUAUGGAGGGGUGGUAGCCAGGCAGAAAGAAGACAUUACAUUUUCUCUGGUCCAGAACCAGACAAAACAUGUAUGAAUCUGCGUUUGGCCUAGUCACUCACGCUUUUGUUUACAAUUCUCGGCGUGAAUUAUUCAUUAUUUCUCCCUUCAUUUAUGAUGGCAUCUGAAGGUAGUUGUUAGAAACGAUUGAACUCAGUGAACACAGUAUGUCAAUGGUAAUAAUAUGGCUAUGGGCUGCAUUAAAUAUUGUAUGGUUAUGUAGCCCUGGCUACCUACAUCUACCGGCUAUCAGUGCCUGACUUCCUACAAAUAAAUACUACUCACCUCUCAUCCUACAUUAUGACUACACAUAUUUUAAGGUAAAUAAUGAGUGUACUAUACAGUGGACCCUCGCCUAACGAUAUUAAUCCGUUCCCGAGAGCUCAGCGUUAGGCAAAAUUAUCGUUAGCCGAAUUAAUUUUCCCCAUAAGAAAUAAUGGAAAUCAAAUUAAUCCGUGCAAGACACCCCAAAGUAUGAAAAAAAAAUUUUUUACCACAUGAAAUAUUAAUUUUAAUACACACAAACUGAAGAAGAGAUGUACAAUACAUGACACUUACCUUUAUUGAAGAUCUUGUGAUGAUUGAUUGGAUGGGAGGAGGGGAGAGUGUGGAUGGUCUUAGUGUUUAGAAGGGGAAUCCCAUUCCAUUAGGACUUGAGAUAGCAAGUCCUUUUCCAGGGUUACUUCCCUUCUUUUAAUGCCACUAGGACCAGCUUGAGUGUCACUGGACCUCUGUCGCACAACAUAUCUGUCCAUAGUGCCCUGUACCUCUCGUUCCUUUAUGACUUUCCUAAAGUGUUUCACAACAUUGUCAGUGUAAUAGCCACCAGCACGGCUUGCAAUAGCUGUGUCAGGGUGAUUUUUAUCAAAAAAGGUUUGCACUUUAAGCCACAUUGCACACAUUUCCUUAAUCUUUGAAGUAGGCAACUUAUUCAAUUUCUCUCUCCCCUCCUCUGAAGCAGUUUCCUCAGGUCUGGCAUCUUGCUGUUGAAGAUGGUCUAGCAGCUCAUCAGUGGUUAGUUCUUAAUUGUCUUCCUCCACCAACUCUUCCACAUCCUCCCCACUAACCUCACCAAUAUGAGCACUAGUUCCAGGCAUUUUUUCCUGUUCACCUGGGUGUUAGUCAACUGUUGUGGGUCACAUCCUGGGGGACAAGAUUAAGGACCCCAAUGGAAAUAAGUUAGACAGUCCUCGAUGACGCACUGACUUUCUUGGGUUAUCCUGGGUGGCUAACCCUCCGGGGUUAAAAAUCCGAACGAAAUCUUAUCUUAUCUUAUCUUACCUGUCAGCUGUUGCUGGACCAGUCAGCUGCUGCUGCACCACAGUCAGCUGCUGCUGCACCUCGGUCAGCUGUUGCUGCACUACAGUCAGCUGCUGCUGCACCGCAGCUGCUGCUGCACCAUGGUCAGCUGUUGCUGCACCACAGUCAGCUGUUGCUGUUGCUGCACCACCAUCAGCUGUAUUACUCGAAGAUGUGGAGUGUGUGUUGUUGGUAUGGCUUAACAUGAAACAAUUACCGAGAAACGAUUAACCCCAGAGGGUUAGCCACCCAGGAUAACCCAAGAAAGUCAGUGCAUCACCGAGGACUGUCUAACUUAUUUCCAUUGGGGUCCUUAAUCUUGUCCCCCAGGAUGCGACCCACACCAGUCGACUAACACCCAGGUACCUAUUUGCUGCUAGGUGAACAGGACAAUAGGUGUAAGGAAACGUGUCGAAAUGUUUCCACCCGCCGGGAAUCGAACCCAGGCCCUCCGUGUAUGAAGCGGGAGCUUUAGCCACCAGGCCACCGGGCCUGGUGGUACGAUAGUACUUCUCACCCUUUUUACCACAGGGUUGGCACUAGAAGCUUUCUUGGGGCCCAUGGUCACUUAUUUUGCAGGUGAAAUCACUGAAAAAACACUGAUAAUAUGAAAUGUUCCGAUUGUAUGCUUGGAUGUGACCGCGGAGGCUGGCUUGUAGACACUGCCACCCACGGAACAAGUGAGGCUGGCUCAGGCCGCAUGUGGACGCGUCUCAGACGGAUCGCGUUGAGCGAGUUUUUUAGCGCUAGUCGAGACAAAAUUUUUGCGUUAAAAUGUAUCACUGGUCGGAUUUAACGUUAGUCGAUGCCAUCGUUGGUCGAGGGUCCACAGUAUUUGGUUAACCAUUGUGUCGGAGGCCUACAUGUGUAAUACAUGCUGAUUCCUGGUACAGAAUAUAAACCUGGCACUAGUGUUAGUUUGUGUACCAUAUUUCAACUGCCAAUUAUAAAUCAAUAAUGGUAGUACAGUGGACCCCCGCAUAACGAUCACCUCCGAAUGCGACCAAUUAUGUAAGUGUAUUUAUGUAAGUGCAUUUGUACGUGUAUGUUUGGGGGUCUGAACUGGACUAAUCUACUUCACAAUAUUCCUUAUGGGAACAAAUUCGGUCAGUACUGGCACCUGAACAUACUUCUGGAGUGAAAAAAUAUCGUUAACCGGGGGUCCACUGUAUAUGACAUUUAAUCCUUUCGGGGUUUCAGCAGUACUAGUACGGCUUACGCACCAGGGUUUUUGAUGUACUAGUAUGCAUAAAUUCUAGCACCCUCAAAUCUAGCAAGAGAAAGCUGGUAGGCCUACAUAUGAAAGAAUGGGUCUAUGUGGUCAGUGUGUGCAGUAUAAAAAAAAUCCUGCAGCACACAAUGCAUAAUGAGAAAAAAAAAAACUGACCGUGUUUUUGGUUUAAAACAGCGACUUUGAACUGUAUUUUCGUAUGGCAUUUUUUUGUUCUAUUCUAGU